AUUUAAGAAUGCGGAAAUCCACUAAUACUAAUGUUUAGCGAGGUGUUGUACCAGUUUAUUUUGAUAUAAGUAAUAGUAUCAGCUCCUAUGAAGUGAUUUCAGAUCAUCAGCGAACUGUGGCUCCAGACUGACACUGAAGGGAAUAGAUCCAUGACCUGCACUUCCAGUAACUUUGCUAAACACCACAAAGUCUUGGUAAGCUAAUUCGUGUCAACUUCUGAUGCAUGAUGCCUAGAAUUCUAACUGAAAUGAACAACUUUUGUAAAUACCUGAGAGCAGCUCAUCACCUUUUUUUUCAAACGUCUUUUCUAAGACGAACAGUAGACUGAAUCAUAAAUACAAAUCGUGUAACUUUGUCUUGAUAUUUAAGGGUAUACUAGUGUCUUCGCGGAUGUCUCUCGCCAAAAAUUUUGUCGUAAGGUAGAUGCAUUUUGUAGUCAGACAUAAUUUAGGAGUGCCUAUUUAUUCCAGAUUUCACGACAAAAAUCUGAUGAUUACGUAUUGAUAAAUAGUAUUCAUGAUAAAACCAUAUGAUAGCUUUUAAUAAUUAUUUACAGGAAUCGCGUGCACAAUAAUUUGUUUAUUUACCCUGUGUGUAAUCGCUAAACAAUCCGUCAAAUUUUAAGCACUUUUAAAAUAACUUCUUUUUAGCACUGAAGUACGUCUCCUCUGCAUUGUUAUCUGAAAAGUUCAUUUCUCUUUGCUAAUCAGAAGGAAGAAUUUUUUCAUGGAUAUAUUUCGUCAAUUAAAUUUCACUCGAUCAAAAAGGCAACACGAUUAUUUAACUGUACCAUGAUAUGCCAGCAACUGCAAUUUCAAGUUGUCAUUUAGUACGGUAGUAAUUUAAUGCAUUUUUAGUGAAUAAGUAAUGAAAGGAAUUUAUGUUUUUUUCAUUUUUAUUUCAAGGUUCCCAUGAUGUCGAAACAAUUAAAGGUAGGAUAUGAAAAAACUGUUUUUGAAAAUCACAGUUGCGACCAAGCUGUUUUUUUACUUGUACUUUAGUGUCAAUUCAUUCUAAGGAAACUUCACUAUUAUCAUUGCAUUCCUGCCAACUAUUACAUCCCUGUAGAUACAAAACUUUAUAAUUAUAUAAUACUGGUAUUUACCAAGUAUAAGAGAUCGAUAUAGAGAAAAAAUUUAUAAGAGAGUAAAAUAAUUCAUAAAAUGAGUUUUUAUUAUUUCUACAACUCUAAUUGAAUUUCCUAAAUCACAAAAAUCUUGUGUUUACAGAACAACACUGGGGAAAGGAAACUGAGAGUAACCUUUUUGAGUGCUGAAUGGAAAACGUCAAGCUAUGGAGACUUGACAACCAUCAACAGAGAGCUAGCAAUACAGAUGGCUAAACAUCCCAUUGUGGAAGUCAGUGUCUUCUUACCUCAAUGUAGUGGAGAGGACAAGAAAGAUGCUGAUAGUUACAAUGUUAAACUGAUUGAAGCUGUUAAACUGCAUGGUUUGAAACCAGUUCUUUGGCUAGCCUCUGUACCUGAUGGCCAUGUUAUAGAUUGUGUUGUAGGACAUGGAGUAGCUCUUGGUCAGCAAAUUUCACUCAUAAAGAAAAAUCCAAACUACAGUAAUUGCAAAUGGAUUCAAGUUGUCCAUACUGCUCCCGAAGAAAUUGGCAUGUACAAAAGCAUUUCUGACGGUCAACAAAUGCAGAAAACAGAAGUAGAACUAUGUAAAAUGGCUGAUCAAGUUGUAACAAUUGGCCCCAAGCUAACUGAUGUAUAUAAGCACCAACUCAGAAAACAAGAUGUUUUUAACCUUACACCAAGUAUUUUCACUGAAUUUUCAGAUGUGCAGCAAGUUAGCAAUGAAAGCAGAUCGUUUUAUGUCUUGGUAACUGAGAGUGGUGAUAGUGAAGAUUUUUAUGUUAAAGGGUAUGACAUUGCAGUGAAAGCCAUUGCUAUUCUGAAGGAUAAAUCUUACAAACUCAAGUUUGCUUCUAAACAGAGAGGAAAAGAAGAUGAAUUAGCAGUCAAGUUAUUUCAGUGUGGUAUUGGUCCCAGUCAGCUAGUGAUCUGCAGCUUUGAUGAAAACAGGGAAACAUUAGCUAACUUAUUCUCUGCAGUGGAUAUUGCCAUAUUGCCCUCAAAAACCGAGGGAUUCGGGUUAAGCGCUCUUGAAGCCAUAUCCGCUGGUCUUCCAGUACUUGUCAGUGGUAACUCAGGAAUUGCAGAAGCCUUAAGGGAGGUCCCCAAUGGGUCAUACUGUAUAGUGGAUUCAGAGGAUCCUGCAGACUGGGCCAGAGCAAUAAAGGCUGUGCGUGACAAAAAAAGGAAUGUACGACUUACAGAGGCUAAGAUUCUUCGUUAUUACUAUUUGCAGCAGUUCAGCUGGAAGGAGCCUUGUGAUUUCCUUGUUAAAAGGAUGUUCAAUCUU